AAUACAGCCCAGUACAUUAUCCAUGUUGGUUUGUCAUUCUGUCGCUUGGUGAGGUGGCUUUGAUGUCUAGUCUGGUUUGAUGUGUUAUUUUGGUAUUGCUGCUAAUGUAUUCAUGAGUGUACUUGUCUAGAGUCGCCAUUGACAUUUUCACUGAGCCCGAUACGUACAAAGACAUCUGCAGUUUUAUCUCUCCACUGUUUUUGUUCCACAUACGCUGACCACUUUUUUAAUAGUUUCUUUCUAGCAUGUUCUGAACAUGGUUGUAGUCAUAAGCAUUUCAAUGUCUGUUCGGCAUACCUCUCACUAGAUUAAUUCUCUUUCCAUCAUUGUCUCAUGUUUUAUUUAUGUGUGUCUUUUAUUACUGUUCUCUUUAAAGAACCUGUAUCCAUUUUGUACUAAAUUGGCAUUACUUGAGCAUUGACUAUUAAAAAGGAGACGGGGCCCUCUGCUGGAAAAAGGAAGAACUGAAUCCAAUUUCAGAAAAAUAGGUUUUCACCAGAAGUUAUUUUCUAAAAUGAAUACAUGGAUAGGACUACAGUGGAACAGUUAUUUGGGGACUAACUGGCAGGUCUAAUUCUUUUCUAGUGUCUGUGUUCGCGUAUCGGUGUUGGAAGAUCCAUUUGCAGUUUGUAAAUUGACCUCGUCACAACAGCUUUGCCUUUAAAGGUGCCGGUAGCUGCCAGCGGUGACCCUGCUGUAUUCAGGCCAGGCUGUGUGGUAACGUGGGCACCCACACACUCAGAAGGCCACGUAUGGCCUGUAAAACGCUGAGCGAAGCAUCCGUCACAGUGUGGUUUCAAGUACACCUGGGCCUCAGGCUCUGUGUCAGACGGCCUAGACCUCUUUCCCAGGCACUGUUCUAAAAACAGUGGGAAUAAUCACUUAUCACUCGUGUCACUACUGGUGACGCUAUUUGAAAGGGCCCACAAAUGAACUGUGUGAAGCUUUCUUGAGAACUGCAUGAACAUUUCUAAAUAUUUGAUCUGUUUUAGAGUCAGACAUUUGAGCUGUGAGUUCUGUCACCAUUCUUGUCAUAAAUGGCAUUGUCGUCUUAUAGCAAGUUAAAAAAAUAAUUAACAGUAAAGCUGACGUGUAUAUUAAUGCACUAAUAAUUCAUUUAAGUUUAUGUAGUGCUUAUGGAGGGCUUUAUAUAGCUUUCUUUGGGACCCUCCCAAGACCCUGUUACUGAAUAUUUUGUCUGCCAUAUACAGUGAGCUCCACAAUGUUUGAGACAAAGACAUUUUUUCUUGAUUUUGCUCUCUACUGCACAAUUUCAUAUUUGUAAUCAAACAAUUCACAUGUGGUUAAUUGGACAUUCUCAGAUUUAUUUCUCUACAUUUUGGUUUCACCAUUUAUAAAUGACAACUUUUUUUACAUAGUCCCCCCAUUUCAGGGAAUCAUAAUGUUUGGGAGCAAUGGCUUCACAGGUGCUUCUGAUUAUUCGGAUUUGGUCAGUUGCUUCCUUAGUGCAAGUAUAAGAGAAUAUUCAGUAUCUGGUCUUGAUUCUAGGCUUUUGAUUGCCUUAGGAUUCUGUGAUUGGCAUUUGUCAACAUGAGGAGCAGAGUUGUGCCACUGAAAGUCAAGGAAGGCGAAAUAAGAAAAACCCCCUAACACCUGUCCAACAGAUCAGAAACACUCUUCAGGAUAUGUCAGUGACUACUGUCCACAGAAGAUUUUCAUGAACAGAACUGCAAAGGCUAGACUGCAAGGUGCAAACUACUAUCUAGUCACAAAUACAGUAUGGCCAAGUUACAGUUUGCUAAGAAGUACUUAAAAAAGCCUGCUUUUGGAAAAAGGUCUUGUGAACAAUUGAGACCAAGAUUCACUUGUAUCAGUAUUGAACCUGUGUUUCAUAUGAUGAAGAGAAAACUAGCUCCCAAAAGAAGCAGAAGUUCGCUGAAGAUGGCUACAGUACAGGCCUGGCAAAACAACACUAGAGAAGAUAUGCAGCAGCUGGUGAAGUCUAUGGGUCACAGACUUCAAGCAGUCAUUGCAUGCAAAGGAUAUGCAACACAGUACUAAACCUGACUGCUUUCAUUUACAUAUCAUUAAUAUGUUCUAAAUGGUAUAAUGCCCUGAAAUGGUGGGAGGGGCCCUAUGUAAUAAAAUAAAAGUGCUGUAAUUUCUACAUGGUGAAGCCAAAAUGUAUAAGAAAGACCCUUUAACACAAGCUGAGAAUGUAUAAUUUGCGAGCAGUUUGAUUACAAAUCUAAAAUGGUAGAGUACAGUGCCAAAUCAAGGGGGAAGAAAAAAAACCCAUCUCUGUCCCAAACAUGGAGCUCACUUAGAGGAUACAGCAACUUUAAUAAUUCAUUCUAUUUUUGUUUUAUCAUUCUUUCAUCCAUAGUCGCAUGCAGUCUCUGUGGUGCAAACAGUAGCCAGGAAGCAUGCCAUUGUCAUUUGUAUAUGAGCCACCCCUUCCAAUGUUUCACAAAUUACAGUAUGAUGAUGAUCAGAUUCCUGGUGAUAAGGAAAGAUUUGCCAGAGAGAACCACAGCGAGAUCGAGCGGCGCCGGCGGAACAAGAUGACCCAGUACAUCACGGAGCUGUCGGACAUGGUGCCCACCUGCAGCGCCCUGGCCCGCAAGCCCGACAAGCUGACCAUCCUGCGCAUGGCCGUGUCGCACAUGAAGAGCAUGCGGGGCACGGGGAACACCUCCACCGACGGGGCCUACAAGCCCUCCUUCCUGACCGAACAGGAGCUGAAGCACCUGAUUUUGGAGGCGGCGGACGGCUUCCUGUUCGUGGUGGCGGCGGAGACGGGCCGGGUGAUCUACGUGUCGGACUCGGUGACGCCCGUGCUGAACCAUCCGCAGCAGGAGUGGUUCGGGAGCACGCUGUACGACCAGGUCCACCCGGACGACGUGGACAAGCUGAGGGAGCAGCUGAGCACCUCUGAGAACUCCAUGACAGGGCGGAUCCUGGACCUGAAGACGGGCACAGUGAAGAAAGAGGGCCAGCAGUCCUCCAUGCGAAUGUGCAUGGGCUCCAGGCGGUCCUUCAUCUGCAGGAUGAGGUGUGGGAGUGCACCUUUAGACCACAUCUCAUUAAAUCGUCUGUCCAACAUGAGAAAGAGAUACAGGAACGGCCUGGGGCCCUCCAAAGAAGGGGAGGCGCAGUACUCGGUGGUGCACUGUACGGGAUACAUCAAAGCCUGGCCGCCUGCAGGCAUGACAAUACCAGACGAGGACUCUGAAGGAGGGCAAACCAGUAAAUACUGCCUGGUUGCAAUCGGAAGACUUCAGGUAACCAGCUGCCCGGUGUCCAUGGACAUGAACGGGCUGUCGGUGCCCACAGAGUUCCUCUCGCGCCACAACUCGGACGGCGUCAUCACCUUCGUCGACCCCCGUUGCAUCAACGUGAUUGGAUACCAGCCUCAGGACCUGCUUGGUAAAGACAUUUUAGAGUUCUGCCACCCUGAAGACCAGAGUCACCUGCGGGAGAGCUUUCAACAGGUGGUGAAGCUGAAGGGCCAGGUUCUCUCGGUGAUGUAUCGCUUCCGCAUGAAGAACAGGGAGUGGAUGCUGCUCCGAACCAGCAGCUUCACCUUCCAGAACCCGUACUCCGACGAAAUCGAGUACAUCAUCUGCACCAACACCAACGUCAAGCAGCUGCAGCAGCAGCAGCAGGCCGAGCUGGAGGUGCACCAGAGAGACGGCCUGUCGGCUUACGACCUCUCCCAGGUCCCUGUCCCCAGCGUGGGUGGCGCUGUCCACGAGGCGGGGAAGCCCAUCGACAAAUCAGAGGCCAUGUUCUCCCAGGAAAGGGAUCCCCGCUUUGCAGACAUGUACGCCGGGAUCUCAGGGCCCGAUAAAAAGAUGAUGGUCCCGUCGUCCACGGCCGGGGGGCAGCAGCUCUACUCCCAGGGGAGCCCUUUUCAGCCGGGGCAUUCUGGGAAAACCUUCAGCUCGUCCGUGAUUCACGUUCCCGGAGUCAACGACAUCCAGCCGUCGGCCACGGCCGGCCAGAACCUGGCCCAGAUCUCCCGGCAGCUCAACCCCAGCCAGGUGGCCUGGAGCGGCAGCCGGCCCCCCUUCUCCGGCCAGCAAAUCGCCUCGCAGUCUGGCAAGGCCCAGUCCUCUCCGUUCGGCAUCGGCUCCAGCCACAGCUACCCGGCGGACCCCUCCUCCUACAGCCCGCUGUCCAGCCCGGCCACGUCCUCCCCCAGCGGCAACGCCUACUCCAACCUGGCCAACCGCGGCGCCGCCUUCGAUGUUGCAGCUGAAGGCGGGCAGAGCGGGGGGCAGUUCCAGGGGAGGCCCUCGGAGGUUUGGUCGCAGUGGCAGAGCCAGCACCACAGCCAGCAGGGCAGCGAACAGCACUCGCACCCCCAGCCCAAUCAGACCGAGGUCUUUCAGGAUAUGUUGCCGAUGGCUGGGGAUCCGACGCAGGGGACGGCCAAUUACAACAUAGAAGAUUUUGCUGACUUGGGCAUGUUCCCACCGUUCUCCGAGUAGCAGCCGGGGCAGGGACAGGAGGAACUCACAAAUCUCGCAUUUCAUCACCAUCUUCGCACCCAAGCGAAUGCCUGAGCUCGGCGAAUGCCAGGCGUCAGGUGUCCAUCGCACACAGGAAUCAUUAACCAGUGUUCCCGGUCAGUCACUCACGUGUACUGUGUUCCAACUCUGCUUGAAAAGGACCACGUUCCAGUGAAAUCAGUAUCUACCAGGAAGAAGCGCUCGUAUUAACCUGUACGUGAUGUCAGUGUUCUGCAGAAUCUUCAAGUUCCAGGGGGAAUUAAGGCCCCUCCUGUUUCUUUCACAGAGCUUCGCUGAACCGAUUCGGGUUAUGCGAGGCCCAACAUCUUGCCAUACUUUUCUGCUUCUCGCCAGCGUUACGUGAAGCUUGCUGUGUGAAAUAUUGUAUUUGUGGCGCUCUCUUCAUAAUCUAGGUAAACUAAUUCAAAAGUUGAAGGAUGCAAUUUGCUUAAAACAUGUAAGUGAAGAUUAACUGAAGUUUUUGAAGAAGUUGCUUGUAUUAAGGUGAAGCUUUAAGUGCACUUCAUGAAGCUAAUAUCACCAGCCUCCAGGCCUUUCCAAGGGAAAAAAUACGUCAUGCAGUUAAAGCACUGCCCAGUGCAUCUUGUGUCCAUGGGGUAGUCGCAAUUCUUUGUUACAUUAUCUAAUCUUUGUGUAAAGGAAUUGGAGUAAUUUGUAGUCAGGAUAUUUUACACAUAAAAGUGUGUAUACUGUGUAGCAGUGACGAAUGAGAGAGGGAUCAUGUAUCCAAAUCCUUUUUGCUAAAUCAGAUGGAUGUUUUUUGUACAUAAUGUGAUUUUUAUGUUUACUUGGUUUUCCUAAACAUACACAGCUAUACACAUUUGUGUAGUUUUAAUAUUGUGAGCAAUGUCAGUAUGUCAGUUUAACUAUCACUCUUUUAGUUAGCUUAAUUGUACAUUGAGUUUUAGACUUGUAAAAAUUGUGUAAAUGUGAUCUAUUAUUUUUGUGUAACUUUAUAAACAAAUGUGCUUGUGUCAAUAAAUGAGUAUGUAUCUGC